AUGGACGGGGACGACGCCGGCGGCCAGUUCCUCGCGGCCUCCGCUUCUCCGCGCGCCGAGGAGGCGAUCGCCGCGGCUCAGGAUGACGCCCGCCUCCCCCUCACCCCCUCCGCCGGCGAGGACUACGACGACCUCUACGGUGACGUCAACGUCGGCUUCAUCCCGCUGCUGCCGCUCUCCCCCUCUCCGGCUCCGACAUCGCCUCCGAAAACCCCAUCCCCCGGCCGCUCCAUCCAGUUCCCACCCCAGUCGCCGCACCGUCUCCCGCCUCCGGAACACCUACCCGCGCCCGCGCCGCAGCCGAGACCCGAAACCGCGCGACACCAGCCGCCGCAGCCUCUUCCGCCCGUGCCGAGACACCACAUGACGCCGACGCAGCCGCAGCCGCAGCGCCCGCCGCGCGGUGGCGGCGCCUCCUACUCGUCGCCGCCCAGGUGCACGCCGCUGUACAUCAGCGAGCUCCACUGGUGGACGACGGACGCGGAGGUGGAGGCCGCGCUCGCGCCCGCGCCGCACGACGCCGCCGCCGCGCUUUACGGCCUCCGCUUCUAUUCUGACAAGUUCACCGGCAAGUCGCGCGGCAUCUGCCGCGCCGACUUCCUCCAUCCCGCCGCGGCCGCCUCGGCCGCCACCGCGCUCCAUGGCCACACAUUCCACGGGCGCCACUGCGUCGCCUCGCUCGACCGCCCUCCCUCCCUCCACCGCCUGGGCGACGAUUCCGACUCCUACACCGAAGCCGCCCGGUCCCCCAACCCUACCAGAGGCCUCGGCAACGGCGGUCGUGGUGCGAGCGAUGCGACGGCGGUUCGAGGCAAUAUGGCCCCCGCGUUGGGUGAUCGGCCGCCUCUGGCGCCACCUCAGCCGUCCGUGGUUCCCCGGCCGACACCUAGCCGGCCGUUCGCUGGCAUUUUGGGAGGUGUUGGUGGGUACGGUGGGUUUCAGUCAAUGGCACAGUACAAUGCGGGGAUGAUGGGCAAUGGUAUGAUGUCGUCGGCAUUGGCACACCACAUGAACCCACCGUUCUUUGCAGCUAGUGGGAUGGCGAUGCAAGGCUCAGGAGUCUGGCAUGGUCACGGGAUAUCUGGGGGCUUAUGGGGUGCACAGCAGGAAUAUAAUUUCAGAAGUUGUCAAAUGCCAUGGCAGCAGCUAAGAGCACCAAGGCAGCACCAACAGGCACAUCAGCAGUUUGGGAAUGGGAACUACGGGAAGCAGGGGCGUGGCUUAAGAGGCGAAGGACUAAGUAAUAAGAACGAGGAGAGGAGCAUUGGCAAUGUGAGAUAUCCUGAUAGAAGGCAGGCUGACCGUGAUGGGGGUGAUUAUUACAAAGAGAAUGAUUGUGAGAAGGGUCGCCAUCAGGAGCGCAUCGUGGACAAGGAAAGGGAGCAGGAGAAGCACUGGAAUCAGAGGGAUCGACAUGGUGGUGGCAAUAGGAGGUACCAGGAGUACACUGAGCGUGCUGACCACGAUAGGAGAGUACGGGCAAGGUCAAGGAGCCAAUCAAGGGAUGAUGGUGAUGAUGAUCAUCCAAGGAGGCGGCGCUAA